UGUGAGUCAUCCAUUUACUCAUGAACUUAUCCUUUCAUGAGCCACUGCAUUCGCUUUCUAAUCUCCUCCACCCAAUUCAAUAUCCAUAUUACUUUUCUCAUCUCACUCUCUCUUUCAUCAACCAACUACUGAUCACCUCAUUACAUUUUUUAUCUUUCUUCUUCUUUAUCAUUCAAUUAUCAUGGCUACUGCAGUUAGUGCUGCAGUUUCUCUUCCAUCCUCCAAAUCUACUUCUCUUCCUAGUAGAACCUUUGCUGUCUCAUCUGAAAGGAUCACCUUUAAGAAGGUUCCAUUCUACUACAGAGAUGUUUCUACAGGUGGGAGAGUGAUUUCAGUCAGAUCCCAGGUUACCACUGAAGCUCCUGCUACGGUUAAGAAAGAGUCCAAGAAAGAUGAAGAAGGUGUUAUCGUUAACAAGUUCAAACCUAAGAACCCUUACAUUGGCAGAUGUCUUCUAAACACAAAGAUCACUGGUGAUGAUGCUCCUGGAGAAACCUGGCACAUGGUCUUCAGCACUGAAGGAGAGGUCCCUUAUAGAGAAGGGCAAUCCAUUGGGGUGAUCGCUGAUGGUGUUGACAAGAAUGGGAAGCCUCACAAGCUGAGAUUAUACUCAAUUGCUAGCAGUGCCCUUGGUGACUUUGGAGACUCCAAAACUGUUUCUCUCUGCGUGAAACGUCUUGUGUAUACCAAUGAGAAUGGAGAGAUUGUUAAAGGAGUCUGCUCAAAUUUCUUAUGUGACUUAAAGCCUGGGGCCGAAGUUAAAAUUACAGGACCUGUGGGGAAAGAAAUGCUUAUGCCAAAGGACCCCAAUGCCACAAUCAUCAUGCUUGCAACUGGAACUGGGAUUGCUCCUUUUCGAGCAUAUUUGUGGAAAAUGUUCUUUGAGAAGCAUGAAGACUACAAGUUCAAUGGUUUGGCAUGGCUUUUCUUGGGUGUCCCUACCAGUAGCUCCCUGCUCUAUAAGGAGGAGUUUGAGAAGAUGAAGGAGAAGGCCCCUGACAAAUUCCGGGUUGACUUCGCUGUGAGCAGAGAGGAAAAGAACGAGAAAGGCGAGAAGAUGUACAUUCAAACGCGAAUGGCUCAAUAUGCUGAGGAGCUUUGGGAAUUACUGAAGAAGGAUAACACUUACGUAUAUAUGUGUGGGUUGAAGGGCAUGGAGAAGGGAAUUGAUGACAUAAUGGUAUCAUUGGCUGCAAAAGAUGGCAUUGAUUGGGUUGAGUACAAAAGGGCAUUGAAGAAAGCUGAGCAAUGGAAUGUGGAAGUUUACUAAAUGCUUUAUUACUUGUACAAACCCUUUUUUUCGUUAAAGCAAUGAUGCGUCUCUAUAAUCAUCUCCUCUUCGUUGUGCAGAUAGUGAAUGUCUAUUAUUCCCCUUUCGUUAAUGAAGCAGUUUAGCUUACAGAA